AUGGCGCGUUAUGCCGAUAAUGCCUUCGCCAUGAGUGAUGAGGAGUUUAAAAAAUGUUAUCGCUUCAGCAAAGAGUUGUUUGAAAUUCUACAUAACGAUUUGGUGCCGCUGUUACCAAGAACUACCCGUCGUAGCGAUAUAUCUACGCGUUAUAAGGUUUUAGUGGCGCUUUCAUUUUACGCCACGGGAAGCUAUCAGCGUUUGGUGGGAACUACGCACGGAACGCUGAUGUCACAACAAUCUGUGUCACGAGCCAUCAAAGAGGUCACAAAUGCCCUAAAUACAGAUGUGAUUGUAAAUAAAUGGCUCAAAUUCCCACAAACCCGUCGAGAAAGAGACCAUAUUAAACAAAGAUUUUAUGAAAAGUUCCAAAUACCAUCCAUAGUUGGUGCUAUUGAUGGUACUCAUGUAGCUAUCAUACGUCCAGCUCAAAAUGAGGAGAGGUUUUACAACAGAAAAGGAUUUCACUCAAGAAAUGUUUUAAUUAUAUGCGAUGCAGAUAUGAAUAUUUUAAGUGUUGAUUCAUCUUUUGGUGGAGCGACUCAUGACAGUUUUAUAUUAAAUCAACACCCUGUCAAAAGCUACCUAAUAAAUUUAUUAAAUUCAGGGGAACUUGUUUAUUUACUAGGUGACUCUGGCUAUCCCCAGAGAAAUUUUUUAAUGACACCUAUUUUGGAUGCUCCGGCUAACUCACCAGAAGAGCACUAUACCAAUAUGCAUUGUGUGGCACGCAAUAUAGUGGAGCGUACUAUAGGUGUAUUAAAAAAUAGGUGGAGAUGUCUUCUCGGUCACAGGGUCCUUCACUAUCAUCCUAACACAGCUGCUAGAAUUAUAAAUGCUUGUUGUGUUUUACACAACAUUUGUAAUAAAGCAAGCUUGAGUCAGAAUGACAGUGAGGAUACUAUACCAUCUUCAGUAGAGGAAGACAGCACCCAGGAAAUAAGUAGGCAGGAUCUUCCUGACUUAACUAGAGGCAAUGAAGCUAGAUCUCGUUUGGUGCGUGAGUUAUGGGCUGCGAGGCGUCAUUAAUUUUAUAAUUAAACUCUUGUUAAAUUA